UUCGCAGUCUCGCCGCAUGAGGUCACUAUAAUCCAAUCGAAAUCAUCGAAAUUGUUCAUGGGUUCUUUAACACUCCAUUCGUAAAAACAAACAUGAAUAAAGUUGCUGCAUUAUUUCGUACAAUACGUGAUCACGGUGGUAUAUGGAAUUCCUUGAAAACAAUAUACAGGGUGGAUGAUUUGAAGAGUGGUACUUUGAUUGGAGAAGAUAAAUAUGGGAAUCGAUAUUAUGAGGAUAACAACUUCUUUAUGGGUCGUAACAGAUGGGUGAUAUAUGCUGAUAGAGUUGGGCUUAAUUAUGAUGCUUCUCAAGUUUCACCAGAAUGGUUUGGCUGGCUACAUUACAAAACAGACUUACCACCAUUUAAAGAUCCAUCUCGGCCUAAACACAAAUGGAUGAAGGAUCAUCAGCAGAAUAUGAGUGGCACCAAUCAGGCAUAUAUGCCUUACAGUACUACAAAACCAAAAAUUGAACCUUGGCAUCCACCACAGUGAUAAUCUCUGUUGAAAUAGCAGUGCAACAUAUAGAAUAAAGUAGUUUAUUCACAAUUGUAACAAAGUAAAAUAUUGUUCAAUGUAAAUAACAUAAUUAUUUCAAUAUAAAGGAACUAUAUA